GAAUGGCAGAGGUCUUCUGUCUUGUGCCCUGCCCUUUCCUCUCUCUCCCCGUCGGAACCCUGGAGGUCGCUCAAUCGCUGUUCCUUGUGACGUCAUCCCAGGCCUGAGAUAUACAAGGCAAAGUUCUGAGACUAGAAGUAUAGUCAGGGACUUUGGCUGAUUGAGUUUCAGCUGCAGCCAGGUUCUGGUAAGAGGCUGUGAUGACUGCAGAGGUGAGGAAAGCCAGGUGUCUGGCCCCUAAGCUCUUGGGUGUCCAGAAGAAGAGGGACAAAUCCCGGGGACCAGGAUCAAGCCUGCAGCAGGACAGCCAGAUGAGCUGUGAUAUCUUUAGGCAACACUUUCGGCAGCUGUGUUACCAUGAUACCUCUGGGCCACAGGAGGCCCUGAGUCAACUGCGUGACCUUUGUGGAAGGUGGUUGAGGCCAGACAUGAACACAAAGAUGCAGAUCAUGGAGCUGCUGGUGCUGGAGCAGUUCAUCACCAUCCUGCCUGGGGAGAUGCGCACCUGGGUGCAGUUGCAUCGUCCAGAAAGUGGAGAGGAGGCAGUGGCCAUGGUGGAGGACUUCCAGAGACAUUUUAAUGGACCAGCACAGAAGGAUUUGGUGACAUUUGAGGAUGUGUCAGUGGACUUCGCCAAGAAGGAAUGGAAGAGUUCCGCAGCUGCUCAGAGAUUCUUUCGAGAUUUGAUGCUGGAGAAUUACCGGGAUGUAGUAUCACUGGCAGGAUUUCCAUUUUCAAAACCUACCGUGAUCGCCCAGAGAGAGGAAAAACCGUGGAGUCUGAGUCAUCAGAAACCUCUGAACAUAGAAGAUGGGAAAAGCACCUGUACAGAAGGUGAUAAUGUUACUGAGAAUGACAAGUCCAUGUUAAAGCAAGAAAUUUUAAGUGAAUCUGAAUCAUGUAAUAGUCCAUCAGAAGGUAUACAGAAAGAUGUUUUCCAGACACCUAAAGCUGAGGUAGCCUGUGAAAGGGAAAGCGUGUUAGAGCCGCAACAAGAAACACUCCCAGAAGAAGAUAAUCGGAGACUUGAUAGUGAUUUUAUGGAAGUGAUAGUGCAGAAUAAGAAAGUCCUUAUUGAAGAGAGGGGUGAAAAAUGUAAAGACUUCUGGAAAAGUUUUAGUCUUGUAUCAAAACCUGUUACACAUGAGAAAAUUCCAAGAGGACAGAAAUCUUAUCAGUGUAAUGAAUGUGGCAAAUACUUCAAUAGGAGCUCACACCUUAUUGACCAUGAGAGAAUUCACACUGGAGAGAAACCUUUUGCGUGUAGUGAGUGUGGCAAGGCAUUUAGCCUGAGCAAGAGCCUUAUUCGGCAUCAGAGACUUCAUACUGGAGAGAGACCUUAUAAAUGCAAUGAUUGUGGAAAAUCCUUCAAUCAGAACUCGCACCUUAUUAUACAUCAGAGAGUUCAUACUGGGGAGAAACCCUAUGAAUGUAAUGAAUGUGGAAAGGUCUUCAGUUAUAGCUCAAGCCUUUUGGUACAUAAGAGAACCCACACUGGGGAGAAGCCUUAUGAAUGUCAUGAUUGUGGAAAAGCUUUCAGUAAAAGCUCAAAACUAAUUGUACAUCAGAGAAUCCACACUGGGGAGAAACCCUAUGAAUGUAAGGAAUGUGGGAAAGCCUUCAGUCAGCGUUCAACUUUUAACUAUCAUCAGAGAAUUCACUCUGGAGAGAAACACUCAACUUUGGUCCGCUCAGUCUCUAGCGCCGUAUCAAGGGACGUUGACACAGCAGCCAAGUUCAUUGGGGCCACUGUGGGGGUGGCAGGCUCUGGAGCUGGGAUUGGGACUGUGUUUGGAAGUGAUGAUUGUGAUAAAGCCUUCACUAGUAAGAGAAACCUUCUUGAUCAUCGAACAGUCCAUACUGGGGAAAAACCGUAUCAGCGUAAUGAGUGUGGAAAAUUUCUCAAACGUUGCUCAGUUCUUAUUUGCCAUCAGAGGAUCCAUACAGGGGAAAAGCCUUUUGAAUGUAAGGAGUGUAACAAAGCCUUUGCUACUAAGAGCAACCUUAUUGAUCAUUUACCCACCCGACCGUGUUUUCAUUUCCUGGUGACUCUGGUUGGGGUCAGCCAGCCGGACCGCGACAAGUGGCGCCCACACGUGGGGCAGGAACACGUGCCACAAAACCCCGGGAAGGAGCUCCGAAUCAGGUGUCAUACCAGGACUCUCACACAAUACAAUAAUACCUUUUUGCGCCUUGUGUCCUGGUCAGGAAUGGGUGCAGCAGGCAUGAAUCUCUCCAGUCUACCCACCCGACCCAUGUCUUCAUUUCCUGGUGACUCUGGUUGGGGUCUGCCGGCCGGACUCCCGACAGAUCAUCAGAGAAUCCACACUGGGGGAGAACCCUAUGAAUGCAGUGAUUGUGGGAAAUCUUUCAUUUUGAAGAAGAGUUUCAUUGGCUACAAGAGACUCCAUAAUAGGGAGAAAUCUUAUAAAUGUAAUGAGUGUGAAAAGGCAUUCAGUUACAAAUCUAGUCUUUUGAUACAUCAGCGAAUCCACACUGGGGAGAAGCCUUAUGAAUGUAAUGAAUGUGAUAAAAUCUUUGCUAAUAAGAGCAACUUUGUUGAUCAUCAAAGAAUCCACACUGGGGGAAAUCCCUACAAAUGUAGUGGCUGUGGGGUACUGUAUAUUUUGAGGAAAAGUUUCAUUAGACAUCUGAGACUACACAAUACAGAGAAAUCUUAUAAAUGUAAUAAAUGUGAGAAAAUACUUAGUUACAGAUCCAAGCUUCUUGUACAUCAGAGAAUUCACACACGAGAGAAAGCUUUCAAAUGUAAUGAUUGUGACAAAGCCUUUACUCAUAAGAACAAUCUCAUUGAUCAUCAGAGACUCCACACUGGGGAGAAACCCUUUAAAUGUAACGAGUGUGGGAAGACUUUCAAGUGUAGUUCAAUUUCUACUUGCCGUCAGAGGAUCCACACUGGAGAGAAACCUUAUAUGCGUAAUGAGUGUGGAAAAGCCUUUGCUACUAAACCAAAUCUUAUCGGUCAUCAGAGAAUUCAUACUGCAACAAAACCAUAUGAAUGUAUUAAGUGUGAAAAAGCCUCUAGACAUAGCCAACUGCACAUCAGAAAAUAG